AGCGCACGGAUUGUUCUCGUUCGCUCUUCUCGCAUGGUCGACCCGCGGAGUGCGUGAUUACACAAUCUACCGGAGGCAUUUACAUGAGAAUAUUGUUCCGGUGUUUUCCCAUAUAAUCCUGUUAGAAAAGGAUCCAAUCGAACCGAGUCACCUAACCACCACUAGAUAGUGUUCACCUGCAGCCCGGUAGAUCCGUGUUUGUGUUCAUAAAAUUCCCUAAAGAAUCAAUCCACCAAAUGGAAAUGUCGCUCGAUAAUCUAUCAUCGGCCCAGAAGGAUGAGCUGAUGGUUUCCGUCAAGCAGCAGAUUGCUCUGGCCAAUGCGCAGGAACUGCUCACGAAAAUGACGGAAAAAUGCUUCAAGAAGUGCGUCGGCAAGCCAGGACAAGAGCUGGACAGUUCCGAACAGAAAUGCAUCGCCAUGUGUAUGGAUCGGUUCAUGGAUUCGUGGAAUCUGGUGUCCCGAACCUACACGCAACGAAUCCAGAAAGAACAGAACAAAGGAUAAGGAAGUUUCGAAGCUACCGGCUAAUAGGGCGUACAUUUUGUAAAGCAAAUGAAAAUAAUACAUUUAAAAAUACACGUAAA